AUGAACAGCAUCCUUAUAACCGGUUGCAACCGUGGUCUCGGACUGGGACUGGUCAAGGUGCUUGUUGGUUUACCGGCCCCACAACCGACCCACAUCAUAGCGACGUAUCGCGAUCCACUGAAAUCACAGGAUUUGCUAGAGCUUGCCAAACAACACUCCAAUAUUGUGCCAUUGCAAUUUGAUGUGAAAAACUUUGAUCUCUACGACCAGUUCGCAAAGGAUGUCGAUGCGCUGUUGCAGGGGGCUGGUUUGAACGUCCUGUUCAACAACGCCGGAAUCUCGCCCAAAUCGACCCGAUUGAACUUUACCAAGCAGGAAGAUCUGGUGGACACGUUCGUCACUAACACGGUCGCACCGAUCAUGAUGACGAAAGCGUUCGUGCCUCUGUUGAAGAAGGCAUCCGAGUGCAACCCAACUGCAUCGGUCGGUCCGCAGCGUGCCUGCAUCGUGAACAUGAGUUCGAUUCUUGGCUCGAUCGAAGCCAACCGCGAGGGUGGACUGUACGGAUACCGGACGUCGAAGGCCGCCCUCAACGCAGCGACCAAAUCGAUGGCAUUGGAUCUGAAGGGUAACCAGAUAAUGGCGGUCGCACUCCAUCCGGGUUGGGUGCAAACGGAUAUGGGUGGAUCGAAGGCACCGUUAACGGUGGAGGAGAGUUGCACCGCCAUGGUGCGCACCGUACUCGCCCUGAACGAAUCACACAAUGGAGGAUUUUUGCAGUACGAUGGAAAACCGCUGCCAUGGUAG